AUGGCGAGCAUCAACAUGGGGCCGAGACCGCAGCUUCUGGGGCUCGCCUGGGUCCUCCUGGCCGUCCUAGCGCCCGAUGUCCGCUGUCUGACCGGCGACGAGGACCAGAGCCAGGACACCGAGUGCAAGAUGAAGAGCGUCACCGUGUCGGCGCUGCCGUUUUUGAGGGAAAACGACCUGAGCAUCAUGCACAGUCCGUCGGCCUCCGAGCCCAAGCUGCUGUUCUCCGUUAGGAACGAUUUUCCCGGAGACGUCAUGGUGGUGGACGACCUGGAAAACACGGAGCUCCCCUUCUUCGUCUUAGAGAUCUCUGGGAAUUCAGAGGACAUCCCCCUGGUGCGCUGGAGGCAGCAGUGGCUGGAGAACGGCACUCUGCUCUUCCACAUCCACCACCAGGACGGCAGCCUGAGCCUCCCGGAGCCCACCGAAGACCCGGCCAACGAUUCUGCGAAGGAGGAGCUCCGCAUCCUGCACAUCUCUGUCAUGGGCGGGAUGAUCGCCCUCCUGCUGUCCAUCCUGUGCCUGGUCCUGAUCCUCUACACCCGCAGGCGCUGGUGUAAACGCCGUCGCAUCCCUCAGCCACAGAAGAGCGCCAGCGCCGAGGCGGCUAACGAGAUCCACUACAUCCCCUCGGUGCUGAUGGGAGGCCAGGCCCGGGAGAGCUUGAGGAACUCCCGGGGUCAGGGGCCGAACUCCAGCGGCACCCUCAGCAUCCGGGAGACUCCGAUUCUGGAUGGGUAUGAGUACGACAUCACUGACCUGCGUCACCAUCUGCAGCGGGAGUGUAUGAACGGCGGCGAGGAGUUUGCGAGCCAGGUCACGCGGACCCUGGACUCUCUCCAGGGGUGUAACGACAAGAAUAAUAUGGACCUCACCCCUGUGAGUGACAACACCAAGCUGGCCCUGAUGAACAAAUACAAGGACAACAUCAUCGCCACGAGCCCGAUCGACAGCAACCACCAGCAGAACACCCUGCUUCCACACAACACCUCCACCAGCCAACGCAAACGGCUCUCCAGCAACACCCGCGCGGGUUCAACUUUCUUGAACCCAGACGGGGACUCUGGGACGGAGGCAGACAGCGAGCCUCAGCUGGCCUUUUACACCGACCCAAACCGCAGUCGCCGCCGGAGUCGAGCAGCAGGUUCCCCGCGGAGCCCCAUCAAUAAGACCACCCUGACUCUGAUCAGUGUCAUCAGCUGCGUGAUCGGCCUGGUUUACUCCUCUCACCUCUCCUGCAGCCUCUCAGUCCGGGUAAUCCUACAUGUGCCGGAGCACCUCAUCGCUGACGGAUCAAGGUUCAUUUUGCUGCAGGGGAGCCAGUUGGACGCCUCAGACUGGCUGAACCCGGCCCAGAUCUUGUUGUACUACCAGCAGAACGCCAGCGGGCCCUGGGUCAGCGAGCUGUGUGGACGACGCCUCCUCGACCCCUGUGAGCACCAGUGUGACCCAGAGACAGGAGAAUGCCUUUGCCUCGACGGCUACAUGAAGGACCCGGUGCACAAGCACCUCUGCAUCCGCAGUGAGUGGGGGCCCAAUCAGGGUCCCUGGCCUUACACCAUCUUCCAGCGCGGUUUUGAUCUUGUGAUGGGAGAACAGCCCUCUGAUCGCAUUUUCAGAUUCACAUACACCUUAGGAGAAGGAAUGUGGCUGCCGUUGAGUAAAAGCUUUGUCAUCCCCCCUGCCGAGCUCGCCAUCAACCCCUCAGCCAAGUGCAAGACGGACAUGACAGUCAUGGAGGACGCGGUGGACGUACGAGAGGAAUUGAUGAUCAGUUCGUCCUUUGACUCGUUGGAGGUUCUCCUGGACUCGUUUGGGCCGGUCAGAGACUGCACCAAAGACAAUGGAGGCUGUAGCCGCAACUUCCGCUGCAUAUCUGACCGAAAGCUGGACUCCACUGGAUGUGUGUGCCCUCCAGGGUUGAGUCCUAUGAAGGAUGGGACCGGGUGCUACGACCACCACAUCGGCAUCGACUGCUCUGACGGUUUCAAUGGAGGAUGCGAGCAGCUGUGUCUCCAGCAGCUGGCCCCUCUGGAGGAUGACCCGACACUCUACAACAUCCAGAUGUUCUGUGGGUGCAUCGAGGACUACAAGCGUGGUCCAGAUGGGAGGUCGUGCCUGCCGCUGUCUGAGGCCUGCACCGAGGGAAUAGACUGCGCGGAAGCAGCGGACAUCCCCGCCAACCAGACCGUGUUCGGAGACCUUUUCUACGGAUACAACAACCACACCAAAGAGAGCACCUCGGGACAGAUCCUCAAGGCCACGUUCAGGCAGAAGAACUUUGCCCGAGGCAUCGAGCAGCAGCUCCCAGAUGGCAUGGUGGUGGCAUCGGUGCCAACGGAGGUUCAGUGCCACGAGGAGCUGUCGGACCCCGUGCCCGACCCAGAAUACCUCACAGGUAUGGUGAACUACAGCGAGGUGUCUGGCUACCCCCUUGUUCAGCACUGGAGUCUUCGCUCUGUGCUAUACCACGUCAAACUCAAUCAGUGGGUCCUCUCUCAAGCCUUCAGCUCUGCCAUCCAUUCUCUGGACGGGGCGACGCAGAGGAGUGACUUUGUCUCCAUCCUCAGGGAGUUUGGGAACCACUACGUGCAGGAGGCGGUGUAUGGCUUCCAGGAGUCCUGUACCAUCUGGUACCCCAACAAACAGGUCCAGAGGCAGCUGUGGCUGGAGUACCAGGACAUUAGCAAAGGUAACUCGCCUUCGGAGGAGUCGGAGGAGCGCGACAAGGAGCCGAGGACGCUGACGUACCCCGCGUACAUCGCCAGCCUGCUGGACACGGGAGCCAAGCGCAUGGCGGCCGGCGUCCGAAUGGACUGCACCAGCCAGGGCCAGUGCCCGCGCUCUUGUCACCUCUGCCACAUGAGCCCGAGGGCGGCGCAAGGACGGCAGCAGUCUGAGCCUGUCCUGCUGCAGAUCACCAAGGCCGCACCCAUCUAUGAGCUGGUGUCCAACAACGAGACCUACCAGGCUCUUCAGGAGGCGAUGAUGAGCAUGCUGUGGUGUUCGGGGAAAGGUGAUGUUAUCGAUGACUGGUGUCGGUGUGAUUCCAGCGCUUUUGGCACAGACGGACUGCCCACCUGCGCCCCACUUCCCCAACCUAUGCUGAAACUCUCCUACACCUACGAGCCCAGCAGCUCAUUGGUCAUCAUGGAGUGGAACCACACUGAGCCUCCAAUCGGGGUGAGGAUAGUUGAUUACCUCAUCAGCCAGGAGAAGGUGACAGAGAGGACCGACCACUCCAAAGUUGAGACAGAAACCCUUCUGAGCUUUGUGGAUGACAUCUUGUCUGGAGCCAGGUCUCCAUGUGUGAUGCUAGGGGACAUUCCCAACCUCCUGUCCUCCUCCAUCAGCAUGAUCAUUCGCUGCCUGGAGCCUGACACCACAUACAUGUUCCGGCUGUGGGCAGUAGACAACACAGGGCGCCGCUCCAGUCCAAGUGAGGUCACCAUCAAGACCCCGUGCCCGACUGUGGAUGACGUCAAGGCACAAGAGAUAGCCGAUAAGAUCUACAACCUGUUCAAUGGUUACACCAGUGGGAAGGAGCAGCAGACGGCCUACAACACUCUGAUGGACCUGGGUGCUCCCACGCUCCACCGUGUUCUGUACCACUACAACCAGCGCUACGAGAGCUUUGGAGAAUUCACCUGGAGGUGUGAGGAUGAGCUAGGACCCAGGAAGGCCGGCCUCAUCCUCUCCCAGUUAGACGAGCUCUCCCCGUGGUGUAAGGGUCUUCUUCAGGAGCCCAAGAUCGGCCUCCGCAGGAUGUCCCUCAAGUUCCUGUCCUGCCGUUACACUGACACCAAGGUGUUUGGGCUGAACUGGUCCGACAUGGGCCAGGACGUACACAAGGCCUGUGACGAGCAGACGCUCACCGUCAUGUACAAUGACUACGGCGAGCCCAAGGAGCUGUAAAAUGAUUCAGCACUUUCAGCCCGCAUAUGUACAAGAAUAUAGGAGAUUUGUCAAACCCAACAAAGAAAGAAAUAAAAUGGAGGUUUCACAUUUGUUUCCGUUAGCUAAAUGCAUUCAUGGUGUCACGAGCUAAUGCUAAACACGAUGUGAAAUGCCAUUUAGCUGAACUCCACUCUUGAAUGACUUGCAAUGACGAGUCAGAAUCAACGCAGGCUUGACACACUCUGCAGGUGC